AUUAUUAUUAUUCCUCCUCCCCUCUUUUCUAAAUUCCGACUGUUCUCCUCUCAGUGUAGGGUCUCAAAUGUCUUCUAGCCGAAACCCUAAUUAACCCCCCUAAUCGUGACUCUAACUGAGAUCGAAAGCGCGAUUGAAGGAGAAAAGAUGUGACGCCGUGGAAAUAAUCGUUGAAUUUCCACAGCCAAACAGCUAAUUUUGGUGGAAUUUUUUUCUAGAUUUUUUUUUUUGAGGGGGGGAGGGAUGAAGGACCCGUUGCAUAGGACGAAGGUCGUGCUUCGGCACUUGCCGCCUUCGAUCUCUCAGUCGGGGUUAAUGGAGCAGAUUGAUGUCAAGUUUUCGGGCCGAUACAAUUGGUUCGUGUUUCGCCCUGGAAAGCAAAGUCAGAAGAAUCAGCGAUUUUCACGAGCCUACAUCGAUUUCCAAAACCCUGAAGAUGUGGUAGAUUUCGCAGAGUUUUUUGAUGGACACAUAUUUGUGAAUGAAAAAGGGUCUCAGUUCAAGGCUCUUGUAGAAUAUGCACCUUCACAACGUGUCCCCAUGCUGUUGCCUAAGAAAGACGGUCGUGAAGGGACUAUAUCCAAAGAUCCUGAGUAUGUAGAAUUCCUUGAGUUUAUUGCAAAGCCCGUUGAGAAUCUUCCUAGCGCUGAGAUCCAGCUAGAAAGGAGAGAAACAGAAAGAGCUGGGGGACCAAAGGAGGCUGUCAUAGUAACACCUUUGAUGGAUUUUAUUCGCCAGAAACGAUUGGCUAAGACUGGGUCUCAGAGGUUAUCUGUCAAUGGUAAACUUAGCAGAAGAGCUGGAGGAUCUGUGAUUAGCAGCUCUGGUUCCUCCAAGAGAGGUUCUGAGAAGCGAAGAGGAUCCACUUCAGUGUAUGUCCCCAGAGAUAAAGCAAAGGCUAGCAGCAGUGGGAAGGUUAAGUCAACGUAUGUACUAAUGCUAAGGAAAGACGAGCAACAGUUAGGGUCUGGGAGCAGAAAAGAAGUAUUAGAAGAAGGAACAGUUGCCGGCUUAAACGGAACCAUGCCUGUUGCAUCUGGAAGUGUUGAAAUUGGAAAUAGGAGAGUUCUUUUGAAAGGGAAAGAAAGAGAAGCUUCUCAUAUCCAACGUCAUGAAGCCAGUGGAAGAAAUAUCAGAAGAAUACUGUUGAACAAGGUUUCUCGUCACAGUCAAUCAUAUUCGGCUGGAGCGCAGCAUGAGCAGCAAACUCAGGAUGUGAGCUCUCAGAAAGACAAGCGCCCUCCCCGUCCGCCUAACCGUUUAGGUCAAAAGGAUCACAUCAGUAUUGCAGCACAAUCAUCCAUCCCUUACAAUGAUGGAAAAGGAUCUACAGAUGAUAAAGUUGUUGUGAAUAAUCUAAAUGGUUCUUCCAUUGGUGAUAAGAAUGAGAAACGCAUGAGAAAUAAGGACAGGCCUGAUCGUGGAGUUUGGACCCCUCAUCGUGCUGAUGGAGUCAACACUAAUGGUAGCGUUUAUCUUUCUGCACCACAGUUAUCGGAGUCCUCAGAUGGUAUCUAUAUGUCUCAUGAAGAAUGCGGUACUAACUCACGUGCUGCAUAUGAUGCUCCAUUAAGUCACGAAGAGAUAAGAUCUGAUCUGCCAAAUUUAAAUAGAAAUGCAGAAAGUCGAAGUGGACGAGUGAAUAUUUCCCCUGUAGAGAAUGGGGCACAUCGGUAUGCUGGGCGCCGUGGGUUACCACAUGGCAUGAAGGAACUGGAUGGCUCUCCGAAUCUUUCUGAGGGAAAGACAUCGAAGAAAGCAGUUUCCGCCGGUUUUGGCUCCUAUGAGAAACAAGUAUGGGUUCAGAAGUCAGGUGCUGGUUCAUAGUUCUUUGGUUCUGGAUGGUUUUUCCAACACUGGGUAACAUUUCGUAAAGGUGCGGCAGCAAGCAUUACUCCUUGUUCAGUUGCACUGAUUAAGCAUGCCUCUGCCAUAUCCUUGUCUUUUUCAAAUUGCAAGCUAUUUCAGUUCUACCUAUUAACUAUUGGCAAGUUAAUAGGGUAUCGACACAUUUACAGAGACAAACACACAAGUGACAGAGAUGAUAGUUUUGCCUCCUUGGAUGCCUAACCUUGUGCUGGAGUAGUACUCUGCAACAAAAUGCAGUAUGGGCAUGGAGAUCCUCAUGGAGCCUGGCUCAUGAGAAUUUGAUCGGAGCAAGAGCCUUCGGUGAGAUAUACGAGUUAGAGAGCAGUCACCUUUGUCUCAAUGUCUUUAUGUAGGCAUGAUUGUAAAUAUGGCAAUUGAAAGCCUUCUUAUGUGUUGUUUAUAGAUCUAAGUUCAAGAAGCAGUACAUGAUUGGAGUUGGGCUUUUUGACAGUGACCAUUAUGAAUAAUUUAGAUUGCUUCUUUGGUCUGGGUUAGGGUUGAAAGUGUGGAUGAAGAGACAAAGUGACAAACUUGGUUUCAGAGGUGUCUUAAGCUCUUACGAUAUAUACGAAGAUAAAUGAAUAUCUUGUUGUUUACAA